AUGGUGCCCUCAGAUCCAUUUCGCAAUUGCGCAGCUGAAGGGCGUCUACCCAAUUUGGACUCCAGAGUGGCGAAGCGUGUCCCGGGACUCACAUCGCCGGAAGUGGGAUUGGAUGAAUCGAAGGGGGCCCCGAGAAGGAACGGCAGCACCAUGGGUCUUGUGUUGCGUAAGCUCGCUGUUAUCUGCGCCUUGUUUUUCUUGCUUCAGAACCGCCCUCAACUGGACAGAAAGGACCCAAGCGAUCUACGGGAGAAGGAAUCAUACUGGAGACAGCUGUCCCAGCAUAAGACAGAUAAAAGGGAAGAAAAUGUAAGCGUGAGCAAGGAAGGGUUGGACAGACUAUGGAAGGAAGAAAUAACUAAAUGGAAAGCGGACAUGUACGAACUAAAUAAAGAGACCUUCUGGGAAUUCAAAAAGGUGUGCCUAAUUAACAAUGUAAACUUCAAUUGGGAAAAUGAAUUCUGGGCAAAAUUCAGAAACCAAGUGAGUAGAAAUAUUUACACAAAGGAACAGAAGGAUUACGAGGAUUUUUCAAACUUAAAGAGUAAUAAACCAACAGAAAAGGAAAUAAAGGACUUUAUUAUGUCCAAGAGAAAAUCCUUCGAUAUAUUUUGUGAUUUCCUGAGAAAUGAAAGGUCGUCACUGAUCGAUCACGUCCUUAAGGAAUGGAUGAAAGAGAGGAGUAUGGUUUUGGACAAAAUGGGGCACAAGAAGUGCAAGAUCCAGAAACUACUAAAGAAAAUACAGAAGAAGAAGAUCGCCAAGUAUUAUUCGUAG